UGCGCUGUAUUGCCUUAAUACGUCACUGUGUGUGCGGAAGAGCUACGCCACGUUCUUACGGACUCUCUGGGAAUAGCCGGAUCGGCUUCAUCUCGGCGGCAGAGAGACCAGGCGAGAGAAUGCUGUGUCGAGCUGCUCUCAGUUGCCGUAUGGGCUCCCGGGGACGAUGCCUUUUAUCACGAUUACGGACCACAGCAUCCCCAUCUAAUAUGCAGUAUAUUCCUACCUCUGGCCUGAUUUCUCAGAAUGCUCGGCAAUGGAGCAAUAUUCCGUUUAUUACUAUGCCCCUUAUUCGCUCGCAUGGUAAACCAUUUGCCCACCGUAGUGAGCUAAAACAUGCCAAGCGCAUUGUGGUAAAGCUGGGAAGUGCUGUUGUGACUCGGGGAGAUGAGUGUGGACUUGCACUCGGAAGGUUGGCAUCAAUUGUAGAGCAGGUGUCAGUACUACAGAACCAGGGUCGAGAAAUGAUGAUUGUUACCAGUGGUGCCGUGGCUUUUGGAAAGCAGCGUCUCCGUCAUGAAAUUCUUUUAUCCCAGAGCGUGAGACAAGCGUUGCAUUCUGGGCAAAAUCAGCUGAAAGAUAUGCAAGUUCCUGUACUGGAAGCACGGGCUUGUGCUGCUGCUGGUCAGAGUGGACUUAUGGCUCUUUACGAGGCUAUGUUUACACAAUACAGUAUCUGUGCAGCUCAGAUUUUAGUCACAAACUUGGAUUUCCAUGAUGAGCAGAAGAGACGGAAUUUAAAUGGAACACUGCAUGAGCUCCUGCGAAUGAACAUUGUUCCCAUCAUCAACACCAAUGAUGCUGUUGUUCCUCCUCCUGAGCCUAACAGUGAUCUGCAGGGGGUAAAUGUAAUUAGCAUUAAGGAUAAUGACAGCCUGGCUGCCCGACUCGCCGUUGAGAUGAAAGCAGAUUUAAUAAUUGUUCUGUCUGAUGUGGAAGGACUUUUUGACAGCCCUCCUGGCUCAGAUGAUGCCAAACUAAUAGAUAUUUUCUACCCUGGGGACCAACAGUCGGUAACAUUUGGGACCAAAUCAAGAGUUGGCAUGGGAGGAAUGGAGGCAAAGGUGAAAGCUGCUCUAUGGGCCCUGCAGGGAGGUACCUCAGUUGUUAUUGCUAAUGGCACUCACCCCAAGAUAUCUGGUCAUGUGAUUACUGACAUUGUUGAGGGAAAGAAAGUUGGUACCUUUUUUUCAGAAGUCAAACCUGCUGGUCCCACAGUGGAACAACAAGCAGAAAUGGCCCGCUCUGGUGGCAGGAGCCUGGCAGCAUUGCAGCCAGAGCAGAGAGCCGAGAUCAUUUAUCAUCUUGCUGACCUUCUGACUGAUAACCGUGAUGAGAUUCUUACAGCUAACAAAAAGGAUAUGGAAGAGGCAGAGGAGAAAGGAAGAUUGGCUCCUCCUCUGCUGAAACGCUUAAGCUUGUCGACAGCCAAGUUAAACAGCCUAGCCAUUGGACUGAGGCAAAUUGCUGCCUCCUCACAGGACAGUGUUGGACGUGUCCUUCGUAGAACAAGAAUUGCCAAAGAAUUGGAGUUGGAGCAGGUGACUGUACCCAUCGGUGUUCUGCUGGUUAUUUUUGAGUCGCGACCAGAUUGUCUCCCCCAGGUUUCAGCACUGGCUAUUUCAAGUGGCAAUGGCUUGCUCCUUAAAGGAGGAAAAGAGGCAUCUAACAGCAACCAGACUCUAUACCGUCUUACUCAGGAAGCAUUGGCUCUUCAUGGUGUAAAGGAUGCAGUGCAGCUUGUAAACACCAGAGAAGAAGUGGAGGAUUUGUGCCGUCUUAAUAAGCUAAUAGAUCUUAUCAUUCCACGGGGCUCAUCUCAGCUGGUCAGGGACAUCCAGAAAGCUGCUAAAGGAAUUCCUGUGAUGGGACACAGUGAAGGAAUUUGUCAUGUUUAUGUGGACUCCGAAGCUAGCGUGGAUAAAGUUACAAGAAUUGUGAGAGAUUCAAAGUGUGAAUAUCCUGCAGCGUGCAAUGCAAUGGAAACACUGCUGAUUCACAGAGACAUAUUGAGGACACCAUUGUUUGACCAGAUCAUCGAUAUGUUGAGAGUUGAGCAGGUAAAAAUCCACGCUGGUCCUAAAUUCGCAUCUUAUUUGACCUUUAGCCCAUCAGAGGUGAAAUCUCUGCGCACUGAAUACGGAGAUCUCGAGUGCUGCAUUGAAGUAGUAGAUGGUGUCCAAGAUGCCAUUGACCACAUUCAUAAAUACGGAAGCUCUCAUACCGAUGCUAUAAUUACAGAUAAUGAAGUAACAGCCGAAUAUUUUCUUCAGCACGUUGACAGUGCUUGUGUGUUUUGGAACACAAGUACCCGGUUUUCGGAUGGAUACCGCUUUGGACUUGGAGCUGAGGUUGGUAUCAGUACUGCUAGGAUCCACGCACGCGGGCCUGUAGGCAUAGAGGGACUUCUGACCACUAAGUGGCUAUUGCGAGGAGACAACCAUGUGGUCUCUGACUUUUCAGAACAAGGCAGUAUGAAGUACCUACAUGAAAACCUCCCUGUUCCACAUAGAAACAUCAGCUAAACUCAACUGUAACUGAUACUCCAAGUAUUUAACUCUCUAAAUGAAGACCUUUUUAGUAGCAAAAAUUAACAAACGGUUAUUCCUCUGGAAAUUUGACAAAUGUACGGCUGUUCCCUUCCAAUAUUAAACACGGGGAGGAAAUGGUGAUCAUGCACCUUAGCAGAACUGUGGUGAAAUCCAGAACACAAUGUAAAUCAGUGUUGAUUUAUCCUUAAAACUUGCAGGUUGUACAGGUGUUUUGACUUUACAGUCCAAAGAACUAUUCACACUGUAUGAUCAUGAUAUCAAUUAUUGUCAGGGGUGGCCAAAAAGUAGACUCUGCAUCUGUUGCAUCUAUUAUGUUUAAUGAAACUUAAUGAUAUUUUUAAAAUGAUGUAUGUUGAUUUUUCUUUAUCUGACUGAGCAACGAUGUUGGGUCAGACUCUACUAUUAUCUGAUCAACUGCUGCUCAGCCUAACUUGCCUAAUGCUGCAGUUUCACACAGAGCAAUUGCAUCAGCGGAUAAGUUCGGUUGAGCAGCAGUUGGUCAGAUAACAGUAGAGCCUGGCCCAACACGACUACUCAGCCAGACUUAAAAAAAAAAAAAAAAAUUAAAAAAGUAUGUUGAUCUUUUUGAGAGAAUUUCACAUUGUUAAAAAAAAAAAAAAAACUUUUUGAGAGAAAUUCACAUCAUUUAAAAAUAUAUUAAAUUUUGUUAAAUGAAAUAAACGUUUACGUCAAAAUGUGAUGACAGUUGACAUUUAAAUCAGCUGGUACAUAAAAUAAUGUUUGCUACAAGUAUUGACCUUCCAAAAGAGAAUCUUGUAGCUGUGAGAUUAAAUGCCUUUUCUAAGAAAGUAAUAUUUUUUGUUUUUUUUAUUUUCCAUUUUUCUUGGCCGUAUAUAUAUAUAUAAUAUGAAAAUUUGUACUUGCUUUUGGAAACAAGGACUCACUUUGUGUAGAACAUAAAACUAAACAUUCUGCAGGAAAUCUUCAGCUGUAAAAUUAAACAGUUGAUUUAUAACUCAACACAAAUGUCAGACCUGUUCUCUA